GCUGUCGGCCCCUCUGCCCCCGCCGUCCGGCCCGCGCCCCUUUCACGGCCUCCCCGCCGCCGCUCACGCCUCCCUCAGGCCGCCCUUCCCUGGCCUCGGCGCCUCAGGGGCGCACUGCCCGUCUCGCCCCCGUUCCCAGCCCCCGCGUCGCCCGCGCCCGGUGGCCGAGCCCGAAUGCCGCAGAAUUUGAGGCACCAGGGUGGGCGCCUGGCAGAAGCCAGCGGUCCGCCGAGGGCGGCGGUGGUGGUCCACGGGUGCUCGGCCCCCUGGCCUGCCGACACCAUCCCCGGGCCCUCGCUCCUCCCACUCCGCGCCUUCCCUCCCCUCUGCCGCACCCUCGUCCUUCAUCCCUCGGCCGUCAUCCCUCAUCCCUCUGCCCUUGUCCCUCGUUCCUCUUCCCUCUGCCUGCCGGCCGCAAGCGCGGCGUCUCAGGAUUGACUUUGCGUUCGGUCCCCCGACCCUGCCAGUCCCGUCCCUUCCUCCGCGCACCGGCGCUGCUGGCACAGAGCUUGGCACGUACCCAGUAGAUGCUCCGGAGGUGUUCGUUAAAUGGAUAAAUGAAGAACUCUUCCCUCAGUGCUGCGUUAAGGCCUGGGAGGCAGAAUAGCCCCCAGGCUUCCCCAGAUGCCAAGUAAACAUUCCUUUUCCUGCCCGAAGAUCAUCUGUGAAAACCUUGGCCAUGGCAUCGAUGUCAGAGCCUGUUACAUUCAGAGAGUUCUGCCCCUUGUACUAUCUCCUCAGUGCCAUCCCCGCAAAGGUCCAGAAGGGUUUCCGCUCUCUUGCGGUCUACCUCACCGCUCUCGAUGCCAGCGGGGACUACAUCGCGGUGGGCAGCAGCACCGGCAUGCUCUACCUGUACUGCAGGCGCUUCAACCAGAUGAAGAAGUACAACUUCGAGGGGAAAACGGAACCCAUCACUGUGGUGAAGCUGCUAAGCUGCUUCGAUGACCUCGUGGCUGCAGGCACCGCCUCUGGGAGGGUUGCUGUCUUCCAGCUUGUGUCCUCGCUGCCAGGGAGAAAUAAACAACUUCGGAGAUUUGAUGUCACCGGUAUUCACAAAAAUAGCAUAACAGCUCUGGCUUGGAGCCCCAAUGGAAUGAAAUUGUUCUCUGGAGAUGACAAAGGGAAAAUUGUCUAUUCUUCUCUGGAUCUAGACCAGGGUGUAUGUAACUCGCAUUUGGUGUUGGAAGAGCCAUCUUCAAUCGUGCAGCUGGAUUAUAGCCAGAAAGUGCUGCUCGUGUCUACACUACAAAGAAGCCUGCUGUUUUACACAGAAGAAAAUUCUGUCAAGCAAAUUGGAACACAACCAAGGAAAAGCACUGGGAAAUUUGGAGCUUGUUUUAUACCAGGACUUUGUAAGCAGAGUGAUCUGACCUUGUACGCCUCACGGCCUGGGCUCCGACUGUGGAAGGCAGACAUCCAUGGGACUGUUCAAGCCACAUUUAUCUUAAAAGAUGUCUUUGCUGGAGGAGUCAAGCCUUUUGAACUGUACCCACGUCUGGAAUCCUCCAACAGGGGAAGUUGCAGCUUACCUGAGAAACACCUGGGGCUAGUUUCAUGUUUCUUUCAAGAAGGCUGGGUGUUGAGUUGGAAUGAAUAUAGUAUUUACCUUCUAGACACCAUCAACCAGGCCACAAUUGCUGGUUUGGAAGGAUCGGGUGAUAUCGUGUCUGUUUCCUGCACAGAAAAUGAAAUAUUUUUCUUAAAGGGAGAUAGGAACAUUAUAAGAAUUUCAAGCAGACCUGAAGGACUAGCAUCAAUAGUGCGAGAUGGUCUGGAGAUGCCAGGAUGUGCGGAGCAGGCCCCCGGGCAGCGUAUGGAGAAGCCGUCGGGGGUGCCAGUUUCUGAGACGAGACUCCGGGGCUCUUCCGUGGCCAGCUCCGUGGCCAGCGAGCCAAGGAGCAGGAGCAGCUCGCUCAACUCCACCGACAGUGGCUCCGGGCUCCAGGCAGCUCCAGAGCUGGGGAGGGGCAGCCAGCCCGCCUCACAGAGAUUCAGUGUGAUUAGCUCAGAAGACUUUGACCAGGAGCUUGUCGUAAAGCCUCUGAAAGUGAAAAAGAAGAGAAAGAAGAAGACAGAAGGUGGAAGCAGGAACACCUGCCACAGUUCCCUUGAAUCGACGCCCUGCUAUGAGUUUCUGGGUGACAGUCCCCAGUCCUUGAACACAGACCUGCUGUCCAUGACCUCAAGUUUGGGCAGCUUCGUGGAUCGGUCAAGCACAGAGUCUCCUGACCAGGAGAGUAACCUUAGUGGUGAGGUGAAUGGUGUCCUGCAGGAAAAUAUUGACCCUGAAGCAUUCAGUGUCCUGGAGGUGCCUGAGCCUGCCCCUGACGUCCUGAAUGAAGGGAAUGGCGACAGACCUGGAGUCCCACGGUGUAACCGUGCAGACGAUACCGAGCCACACAGUGGGGUGUGGACUACACUCCUGGAGCUGCGGGAAGCUGUGGAAGGUAGUGAUGUUACAGAACUCAGAGAAGAGCCUUGUCCCAUAGACGAUGGACUGAAUAGCAGACAGUCACCCUGUGAAGAACAAGACAGCUCUGCUGAGGCGCAGGAAGCGGGAGACAGGGAGCCUGAUGACCUCCAAAGCACCUUUUCUGAAGUCCCCUUCCCGGACUCAACCCCAGUGCCUCCCAGCCUCAGCUGGGCCCCCCAUGCUGAGCAGCGGCUGCCAGGGACCGGAGCUGAUGAAGGCAGUGCCGAGGAGCCUAGCAAGGAGCAGGGCUUCCUCACGCACAUGGGGGGCCCCAGCCACCUGGGCUCGCAUCCCUGGCACACUGUCACUGACAGGGACACAGGCCUGAAGGAAAUGGUUGCCUUGGAAUGUGACUUGGGGAGUGUGGGAGGACGGCUGACGCCCCUGGUCUCUGCCUUGGCAGCUCAUACCCGUGAGCCUCGGCUCGAGCAGCCUUCUCGGGACCAGGUGUUGACGUCCAGUGAUGAGGAGGACAUCUAUGCCCACGGGUUGCCUUCCUCUUCCUCGGAGACGAGUGUGACAGAGCUCGGUGGUAGUCGCUCCCUGCAGGACCUGAGCCAGCUUGGCACAGAUGACACCGGGCUGCUAAAGUCAGAUCAGUUUGCAGAAAGCUGGAUGGGAUACUCUGGCCCCGGCUACGGCAUACUCAGCUUGGCGGUCUCCGAGAAGUACAUUUGGUGCCUGGACUACAAAGGUGGCCUGUUCUGCAGCGCACUGCCAGGCGCUGGGCUCCGCUGGCAGAAGUUUGAGGACGCCGUCCAGCAGGUGGCGGUCUCACCCUCAGGAGCCCUUCUCUGGAAGAUUGAACAGAAAUCUAACCGAGCUUUUGCUUGUGGAAAAGUGACCAUCAAGGGGAAGCGGCACUGGUACGAAGCCCUGCCCCAGGCAGUGUUUGUGGCCCUGAGUGAUGACACAGCCUGGAUCAUCAGGACAAAUGGAGAUCUGUACCUGCAGACAGGUCUCAGUGUGGAUCGCCCCUGUGCCAGAGCCGUAAAAGUCGACUGUCCGUACCCACUGUCCCAGGUCACAGCCCGAAACAGCGUGGUGUGGGCACUGACAGAGCAGAGAGCCCUCCUGUACCGGGAGGGUGUGAGCAGCUUCUGCCCUGAAGGGGAGCAGUGGAAAUGUGACAUCGUCAGUGAAAGGCAAGCUUUGGAACCCGUCUGUAUAACUCUUGGGGACCAGCAGACUCUGUGGGCCCUGGACAUCCGAGGGAACCUGUGGUUCAGAACUGGUGUCGUUUCCAAGAAGCCCCAGGGAGAUGACGACCAUUGGUGGCAAGUGAGCAUCACCGACUACGUGGUGUUCGAUCAGUGCAGCUUAUUCCAGACCAUAAUCCAUGCCACACACUCAGUGGCCACGGCAGCCCAAGCACCCGUGGAAAAGGUGGCUGAUAAACUGCGCAUGGCGUUUUGGUCUCAGCAGCUUCAGUGCCAGCCGAGCCUUCUCGGGGUCAACAACAGUGGCGUCUGGAUCUCCUCGGGCAAGAAUGAAUUCCAUGUCGCUAAAGGAAAUCUCAUCGGCACUUACUGGAAUAAUGUUGUUCCCCGUGGGACAGCUUCUGCAACAAAGUGGGCCUUUGUGCUGGCUUCCACUGCUCCCACAAAGGAAGGCAGCUCCCUGUGGCUGUGCCAGAGCAGCAAGGACCUGUGCAGCGUCAGCGCCCGGAAUGCUCAGGCCCGCCCCUCCACGGUGCAGCUGCCUCCCGACGCCGACAUGAGGGCCUACGCCGCCUGUCACGAUGCUCUGUGGGCGCUGGACAGCCUCGGCCAGGUGUUCAUCAGGACGCUGUCCAAGAGCUGCCCCACAGGCAUGCACUGGACGCGGCUGGACCUCUCCCAGCUAGGAGCUAUAAAACUGACGAGCUUGGCGUGUGGAAAUCAGCACAUCUGGGCCUGUGACUCUAGGGGCGGAGUAUACUUCCGAGUGGGAACCCAGCCUCUCAAUCCCAGUCUGAUGCUUCCAGCCUGGAUAAUGAUUGAGCCACCUGUCCAGCCCGCUGGGGUCACGUUGGUCAGCAUCCACUCCAGUCCCAACGACCAGAUGCUGUGGGCACUCGACAGCAGGUGGAACGUGCAUGUGCGGGCUGGCAUCACCGAAGAGAUGCCCGUGGGGACCAGCUGGGAGCACGUGCCAGGGCUGCAGGCCUGCCAGCUGGCACUGAGCACCAGGACCGUGUGGGCCCGCUGCCCCAAUGGUGAUCUUGCCCGACGGUACGGCGUCACCGACAAGAACCCUGCCGGAGACUACUGGAAGAAAAUUCCCGGCAACGUGACGUGUUUCACAGUGACCUCGUCAGAUGAGCUGUGGGCAGUGGGCCCCCCCGGCUACCUCCUCCAGCGGCUGACGAGGACUUUCAGCCACUCGCAUGGUGCCCCGAGCAGCCACGCCACCACCCCCCACCCCGAGGACCUGGAGGAUGAGUGGGAGGUCAUCUGAAGGAGCCUCGGGCAGGGCCGCUCAGGAGGGACGAGGCCAAGACGGUUGGCGGACACAGUGGUUUCGGAGUCGCUUGCUCUCGGCCACGCCUCAUCAGCUCUUGUCCAGACAUGUCAGGCCGGCUUGGACAGCCCACACUUGCUUUCAUCCAUGUUUGUUUCCGUCUUGUUCCAGAACCCACAGUCUCGGCCAAGCGACCCGGAGCCCUUGCCGGAGCGGUAGUGCCUCUGAGCUCUCGCCGAGGCCGCCCCCGAGUGCGGGGACAAGCCCGGGAGCCGGAGGUCAGCGCGCUUCCACUGCUGAGGGGGUCCCGCGCCAGCUUCGCAGUCACUACAGGGAUGCAAGUUCUAGCACACAUUCCAUGCUGGACACCGCGGUGGGGAAACCAAGGCCGCGUCUGCGAGGUGGGGUGCUGGUCUGUGCCAGUAUGUGCGCACACACACACACACACACACACACACACACACACACUCACACACCCCGUGCGCGCACACACCACCCACGCCCUCCCUGCCCGCUCACAGGGCACGGCACACUCGCCUCCUGGAGAACACACUUUAGCCAACACAAUAAAGGCUGGUGGAUGACAUGGAAUAGACAAGGUGCACGUGUUUCCAAGGCAGCAGCCGUGGCCCCGGGAGGUGUGGCCGGGUGUGGGGGAGCCCAGCCACGGGAGCUAACUGCGCGAGGUCUUGAGAGUGAUGUUUAAUGCUGCUGGCGGACAUCGUAAAGACCAGAGGCGUCCUCGCGGGAUGAGUCUACUAAUUAUUGCCUUUUUUGUUUGUUGUAUUACAAACCUGCAUAAGAUACCUCACUUGAAAUCAACUCUUACAAAUUUAGAGGAGAAAUGUAUUUUCUGAAACCAGCGGAAGGCCUUUCAUUCCUCCGCGUGGUUUACCCUGAGCCUGCACUGUCCCCCCUGCAGCUUCACCGAGCGCGGACGUCCCCCCGCGGGGCCAUCACGGGACCUGCGGGCUGGCUCCGAGCAGGCGGGGCUUGGGUGGAUACCCCCAGGAGGUUCCAGCUGUCCCGCUGUGGCGGCGCCAGCGUCAGUCCUUGGGGUCCUUGCCGGCAUGUGGGCCAUAGGCUUGGCAGCCCCACCACGUGUGCCGCCCCUGCCGGAGGCAGCUCCCCAGCAGGACUCCAGCCUCGCUGCUUUUUUUAGCCUGCCUUUGGCCCACGGCCCAGUGAUUCGAUGCCGGUUUUCUCCUAAGCAAAUGUGUCCGGGAGCUCCCAGGCCACAGGUGAAGAGCGGUAAAACGUGUUCUCUGAGAGGACCCAGCCAGCCGCGAAGAUGGAAGUGUUCCAGGUCUAAAUGAGGACAAGAAUCUGAAAUCCCAGAUCCCACUUCACACUCCACUUUUGUAGAAUCCUGGUUUUACAAGUGUGGGGGCGGCCGAGGCCGGCGCAGGCUGGCUGCGGUUCCUCCCGAGUGUGCUGUGCCUUGCCCGGCGCGCCCAGACGGCAGAGCUCUCCUAAACCCGCGGGACUUCAGUGCAAUUAAACCCAAGUCUAGUUUGAUACUUCUAAACUACUUUUAGCUUCAGUGCUUUGUACGGUUUUUCUUUCCGGUUUUAAUUUUUAGUUGUGCUUUGAGGCAGUGCAAUAAACUAGACUUUUUCCAAAA